AUGUAUGAGGAGCUCUUGAACUUUCUGCUGGCUCGAAAGAAGAAGUUACUGUCUGAGGAGGAGACGGAUAGACUCAUGCAACUCAUUGCCCAGUCGAUGGAGAUGGGAGAAAACCAAGAGGAGAAGAAGGACAACACGGCGUUGAUAAAGAAGAUUCUUGACAAUGUCGAUGUUGACCAGAUUGUUGAGGAUGAUACCGAGAGUAUGGAAAAUGCAAUAGACGAUUUGCUCUUUAACGAGUAUAGUGAUGAGAGCUGCAGCGAGGGGAUGAUGGAUCUGUAUGAAUCAGAUGACGCUGGCGAGCCGCUGUCCGAGAGGAAGUUCCGGAGAGGGGUAUUCAAGACAAGAACGGAGCCUGAUGGAAGCCUGGAGAUACCAAAGAGGACGAUUGGGAUUAAAGCAAGCACGAGAAGGGGGGCGGGAGCGUUGGACUUGGAUGCAGGUGAUGAGAAGUCUCGGGCCCAUGAGGCUGGAAACGGCAGUCCUGAGAGAAGCAAGGAUGCCCUUGAGGUUCGGGAGUUCAAGCUUCCUGGGUUUGACGUGAAGGAUGAAGGGCUUUUAUACGACAAAGGAUCCAAAAAAGGCUUUGAUCUCCCCGAGGCUUCUGAGUUUCAGUUUGAUCUUGGGGAUCUGAAGGAGGUGAACAACACUGGGCCUGACGUGAAGUUUUUUGACGAAGAUGGAAAGGAGCUUUGA